AUGAACCCUUUCCGAAUACUUGGCGACCUAUCACACAUUCUAUCAAAAUGUAUUCUGAUAUGGGCCAUACACUGGAACAGAAGCUCAGAAGGAGUGUCUUUGCUUACCCAGGCUCUAUACGCCGUGGUGUUUGUAACAAGAUAUCUCGACCUCUUCCGCCCCUCACAUUGGGUUGAGUCCCAUGCGUAUCUGAUUUUCUUUAAGUUAUUCUAUCUCUUCUCAUCGUUCUACAUCAUCGCCUUGAUGACGUGCGUCUAUCCUCGAACACGCGAAAGGGAGAAGUCAUGGAAAUUGGCGACAUUCUGCGUGUUGGGCUCAGCAAUCGGCGCACCCAUCGCUUUAUCAAUCUGGGUGGCAGCCCUCAAUGAGAAGUAUCCUCAGCCCUGGUUCGUAGAGACAUCAUGGUCAUUUUCCAUCAUCCUUGAGUCUGUGUGUGUUCUACCGCAGCUGUUGCUGCUUCGCCAAACCACAGUUCCAACAGUUAUUGAUUCAUAUUAUCUGAUCACGCUGGGCUCUUACAGAGCACUGUACAUUCUGAAUUGGCUUGUUCGGGGCUUUGGAUCCGAGCAUUACUGGGAUCCAGUUUCAGAUGUGUUCGGAGUUGUCCAGACAUUGCUUUAUGUUGAUUUUGCCUGGGUAUAUUACACCCGUCAGCGAGUGAAGCUGCGCCGUGGUGGGAUUGUCGAUUCAGAAGACUUGCGGAAGAGUUGGUUUAUUGGCAAGAUUCUGAACUCGCGAGCAGUCCACAGCCACGGGCCAGAAGAGGAGGAAGAGCCAUUAGACCCGGAAGCAGCAGGGAACGGAGGAACGUCUAACAGUCGUUGGGGUGCGAGGGGCAUAUCGGUGUCUGCUGAUGAAACACUUGAUGGUCAUCAUUAA